AUGCGCAAAAACCCAAUUCCCACCAGAUUUUCUAUUGAAAUUUUACGAGGAUUCUUCUAUUUUUAUUUUCAUUUUUCAGGACUGAUUUUUUGGAUACAUACAAUGGGAGGGGUAUGUUCUGGAGGGACAGUUAAAUGCAGUAAGUCAGCUGAGGUUGACCAUUCAGGGAAGCUGAAGUCAACUGGAAAUUUUGGGAAGCUGAAGAAUGAUAAUUCUACUACGUAUCCUGAUAAUACAGAUACUUUCGAGAAGGCGCCAGGCAACCUAUAUGAUUCUGGUGAAUUGAACUUGUCAAUCUCCCAAGAAUUGAAGUCAGCAACCCCAGCUAGAAAACCGGCUAAUAAGGCACCGCAAGUGAGUUCAUUUCUUGGUAAGGCUGGCAUAGUUGGCCUUGAGAAGGCAGUGGAAGUUCUAGAUACACUAGGCAGCAGCAUGACUAAUUUGAACUCUGGUGGAUUUACAUCUGGUGUGGCUUCGAGGGGAAAUAAAAUAUCUAUAUUGGCAUUUGAAGUUGCCAAUACUAUUUCCAAAGGUGCAAACUUGGUGCAAUCUCUUUCUGAAGAAAAUAUCCAUUAUUUGCGCAAGGAAAUUUUACAUUCAGAAGGGGUACAAAAGUUGGUUUCUACAGAUAUGAACAAGCUUCUUAGGAUUGCAGCUGCUGACAAGAGGGAGGAAUUUGAUGUCUUCUCUCGUGAGGUUAUCAGAUUUGGGAAUCUCUGUAAAGACGCACAAUUUCACCACCUCGAUAGACUCUUUUCAAAGUUGGAUUCAGAUCCUGAUGUUCACAAACAACUAAGAGAAGAGGCCAAAAUGACAAUUCAAGAGUUGACCUCUCUAGCUCAACAUACUUCCGAGUUGUAUCACGAGCUGCAUGCUUUGGACAGAUUUGAACAAGAUUAUCAGCAGAAGGUCGAGGAAGUAGAUUCUUUACACCUUCCUCGAAAAGGGGAGAGUCUUGUAAUGUUACAAAGUGAGCUAAAACAUCAAAGAAAGCUUGUGCGGAGCUUGAAAAAGAAAUCGCUUUGGUCUAAAAGUUUGGAAGAGGUUGUCGAGAAGCUUGUUGAUGUCGUCGGUUUCAUUCAUCAAUAUAUUUUAGAAUCAUUUGGAGAAAAUGGGUUGUCAUCUUUCGGCGAGGCCUCUGCUAACAAACCAGAAAGUCUAGGUGUUGCUGGUCUUUCUUUACAUUAUGCUAACAUAAUUUCUCAAAUCGAUAACAUUGCAUCACACCCAACCUCGCUUCCUUCUAAUAUGAGAGAUGCGUUGUACAAUGGGUUACCACCAACCGUUAAGAAUGCUCUCCGCUCCCGAUUACAAACCAUUGAUACCGAGGAAGAGCUCACAGUUCCUCAAAUCAAAGCCGAGAUGGAGAAAACUCUCCAGUGGCUAGUUCCAUUAGCAACGGAUACUACCAAAGCACGUCAAGGAUUUGGAUGGGUCGGAGAGUGGGCGAAUGCUGGAAACGAAUUUGGAAAGAAAACAGGCCUGCCAAAUAACCUGAUUCACUUGCAGACACUCUAUCAUGCGGACAAGCAGAAGGCUGACUCCUACAUCCUCGAGCUAGUGGCAUGGCUUCAUCGUCUCGUUAGCCUCGUAACAUAUAGAGAUAAUGGACUCAGGGCCCAACCAGUACAAUUUCCAGCUCUCAAAGGAUCAAAUGCAUUGUCAACUCAUAAAGUCCAGCUCUCUACCGAUGAUAAAAAUUUGUUGGAGGAGGUUGUGAAAAGGAAGAACUUGGCCCCCGGACUAAGCAAAAGCCAGGAAUUCAUGACGGUGAAUAAGAGGACGAAUAAGGUUUGGGCAUUGAGUAGGAGCACCGGGAGCUCUCCCCAUAGAAGACUGGAACACCUGAAGGGUAACGUUUUGGAUAUAUUAGACGGGUUAGAUUCUACUUUUUUGGCUCCAAGGGAAGAUAGUAGAUGA